GGUGGAGGAGGCAGUGGAGGAAGUGGUGGGUUUGGUAGUGGCGGAAGUGGAGGAGGUAGUGGGGGUUUUGGUGGAGGAGGCAGUGGUGGGAGUGGAGGAGGUAGUGGGGGUUUUGGUGGAGGAGGCAGUGGUGGAAGUGGAGGAGGUAGUGGGGGUUUUGGUGGAGGAGGCAGUGGUGGAAGUGGAGGAGGUAGUGGGGGUUUUGGUGGAGGAGGCAGUGGUGGAAGUGGAGGAGGUAGUGGGGGUUUUGGUGGAGGAGGCAGUGGCGGAAGCGGAGGGGGUAGUGGGGGUUUUGGUGGAGGAGGCAGUGGCGGAAGUGGAGGAGGGGGUGCUAUGAUGGGAUUUGCAGCAGCUAUUCCAGGUGGAGGAGUGCCAGGAAAUGAUUACCCUUUACUCGCCUUCAUCCCAAAUACUGGCUUCUCUUGCCAGGGCUCUCAACCCGGUUACUAUGCAGAUACGUCUCCAGCAGCCAGAUGCCAAGUGUACCACAUUUGUGAGAGGCCGAGCAGAAUGCAUUCCUUCCUGUGCCCCAACGGAACCAUCUUCAACCAGCAGUAUUUUGUGUGCGACUGGUGGUUCAACUUCGACUGCUCCACUGCUUCCAACUUCUAUCAUCUUAAUUCGAAGAUCGGAGUCGUUGUAGGGGGAGGAACAGGGGGUGGUGGGGGUGGGGGUGGGGCGGCGGCGGAGGUGGAGGUGGCGGCGGUGGUGUUGGAGGUGGCGGCGGGGUGUUGGAGUGGAGGCGGGGGUGUUGGAGGUGGAGGCGGGGGUGUUGGAGGUGGCGGGGGUGUUGGAGGUGGAGGCGGGGGUGUUGGAGGUGGCGGCGGUGCUGUUGGGCGGUGGAAGUGUUGGUGGUGGCGGAGGAUUUGGGGGUGGUGGGGGUGUUGGAGGUGGCGGGGGGGAGGAGUCGGUGGUGGGUCUUUUGGUGGCAUUGGAGGAGGGACAGGAGGGGGAGGAGGAGGUGGGGUUGGGGGGGGUGGCGGAUUCCGGCCAACCCCGUUGCCAGGAGGGGGUGGAACUGGUGGCGGAAGGCCGACUCCAGGACCAGGAUCAGGAACCAACUCAGGAGGAACCGUGACUCCUCCCAGCACUUUGUAUCAGUGGCCAACAUGA